CUCUUUUUCCCUCUUCAAGUCGUGCAAAAACUCACAAACCACACACAAAGAACGCCAAUGGAAACCGCAAAACAAGACUCCCACUCCGUCGUGGACACGUCCCGCCCCUUCCGCUCCGUCAAAGAAGCCAUCUCCAUCUUCGGCGAGCGGAUUCUCGUCGGCGAGAUAUACUCCUCCUGCUCCUCUUCUCCCAAGCCUAAUAAUAACAAUCGCGUCAGCGCCUUCUUUAACAUUUCUCCCGUUAAAGAAGAACCAACACCAAAAGUCCAAAACGACAAUGAAGAUUUUGUUGAUGCUCUAAAGAGAGUGGAGACUGAGCUUGAGGAGGCCAAGGCGGAACUGAGGCUGCUGAGGGUUAGAGAGCAGGAGACCGAGGUGGCGGUGGCGUCGCUCAACGCGGAGCUCCACAAAAACAUGUCGAGGCUGGCGGCAGCCGAGGCGGCCAAGGCGGCGGCAGGUGGUGGUAUUAAUGAUGAGAAGGAUCAGCAAGAGAAGUGGAGGAGGGAGCUGAGGAGGAGGAUGGAGAAGAACCCAACUUUGGCUCAAAUACUGAGCCUUGGACCUGAUGAGAAGGACACGGUGAAAAGCACUAUUACUACUACUCAUGAUUUUGGAAGAAAAAUGAUGGUGAAGAAGAAGCCUAUUGUUCCUCUUGUGGGAGAUUUAUUUUCCGGGAAAAAAGGGUCCAGUCCUCGUACCACAACAAAGUACUCCUAAUUAAUUAUUAUCAUUGAGAAGAUCAUCAAUUAAUUGUAUGUGCGUCCAUUUGUGUUUGUAUAAUUUGCAUGUGAUCAUGUAUUAGUUUUAGUUUAAGUUGUUUCUCUCCAAAGUCUAAUAUCUCCAGUCCUCCCAAGGGUGGUUAAUUUUCUGAGACGUGAAUGUGGUAUGCAUAUCUUCCAUGUUAAUUUGUUUGUCAUUUUCUCUUUUUUUUCCAUUUUUCUUUUGUUUUUAGUGGAAUGAGCUUUGUUUUAUAUGUAUCUGCUACAACGUUACAUGUAUUAAGGAGUGUCUUGUCUUUUAUUUUUCAAGAAUUAUUUUAAUUCUUUAAUUAAUAAAGAAA